AUGCAGGUAGUGGAAUUCGUAGAGAGUCUGUUUGUUGACAUGUUUAACAAAUUGCAUGAGAAGUGCAAGGAAGACUUCCAAGCCAUUCAGAACCAGCAUCCCUAUGAAAAGUUAAAGUACUUCCAGUUUAAUGCGAAAGUUCGUUUCGAUGUUGGACUUCAACUGUUAGAGAAUGCUGGCACUAAAGUUAUUCAUCCGCUUCGUGGCUUAAACCCAGAAGAGGAGAGGAAGUUAGGGAAGAUUGUGCUCGAAGAAUAUGAAACUGAGUUCUAUAUACUUUACGACUGUCCAUCUGCUGGUAGUACAUUUUACACCAAGCAAUCUCCUGAUGUGCGCCAUAGCAGCAACUCAUUUGAUGUCUUUCUUCGAGGGAAGAAAAUCCUGUCUGGUGGCGAACGUGAGAUUGAUCCUGAUGCAUUGUAUUCAAGGGCGGCAGAUCUUAAAAUAUCUGGAACUGAUCUUGGUGAUUGGGAUUCUGUAUGCACGUAUAUUGAGGCAUUUCAGUGCACCAUGCCUCGACAUGGGGGAUUUGGAGUAGAUUUAAAUCAAGUCACGACAAUGUUAUUUUCUACUAACGACACCGAUAAAGCAGGUGUUGAUGGCAAAGAGGCAGCUGUGAAGGGAAUAGAGGCAGCAGGUAAGGAUGGCAAAGACACAAGCCGGAAAGCGAGGAACAAAGCUCGUGUGAAAGACAAGGGAAAGUAG